AUGCUUUCCGAAAACUUUCCUUCUCCAAACGCUAUUCCUCCACGAACUUCCUCCACCGGUCACAACAACAUCAAUCAUACAAUUUCGAAAUCAGUUCUACGUCCUGUACCUGAAGGCGAUUGGAUAAGUCAGAGAAAUAGUAUGCAUACCGCACAGUCUUCAGGGACCUUGAAUCCUUCUGUUCAAGGGGGUUCUGCUCCAGAUCCAAAUAAAUACAACAAGAACGAUAUGGCAUUCCAUGGUAGAAGCUCAUGGGCGCCAGAAAAGGAGAAGAUAUUGUUCGGUCCAUAUGAUUAUUUGGAGGCACAUCCAGGAAAGGACAUUAGGAAACAAUUGAUCGCGGCAUUCAAUGAAUGGUUGGAGGUACCACCGGAGAGUUUGGAAGUUAUUACAAAAGUUGUGGGAAUGUUGCACACGGCAUCAUUACUCGUGGAUGAUGUCGAAGACUCAUCAUUAUUGCGACGUGGAUUACCCGUCGCACAUAGCAUUUUUGGCACGGCGCAAACGAUCAAUUCCGCGAAUUAUGUAUACUUUUGCGCGUUGCAAGAACUGCAGAAGCUCAACAAUCCACAAGCGAUUACCAUUUACACAGAGGAGUUAUUAAACCUUCAUAGGGGUCAGGGGAUGGAUCUAUUUUGGAGAGAUAGUUUGACUUGUCCUACCGAAGAUGAUUAUUUGGAAAUGGUUGGUAAUAAAACUGGUGGCCUUUUCAGACUCGCUGUCAAGCUUAUGCAAGCUGAGAGCAAAACCUCGAGGGAUUGUGUGCCCUUAGUUAACCUCAUUGGAAUCAUAUUUCAAAUCCGCGAUGAUUAUCAAAAUCUUUCUUCUCCUGAAUACUCACAAAAUAAGGGUUUAUGUGAGGAUUUGACCGAGGGAAAAUUCUCAUUUCCGAUUAUUCAUUCUAUUCGUGCCGCACCGGAUAAUCUCGUUCUUCUCAAUAUCCUAAAGCAGAAACCGGAUGAUGAACAAGUCAAGAAAUAUGCAGUAGCAUACAUGGAACAAACUGGUAGUUUCGAAUAUUGUCGAAAGGUUCUCAAUACCUUAGGAGAAAGAGUCAAGAAAUUGAUCGAAGAGUUAGAUGAUGGAGGGGAUAAGGGCAAGGGAGUAUUGAAGAUUUUGGAUAAAAUGGCCAUCUAA